AUCCCCAACCUGGCAGCUCGAGUGCGUGCAGUAAUUGAAAUUUAUUUAUAUUUUAUAGAGUUGAGUUUGGACACGUAAUACAAUAUCACAUAAGUUAUUUUGCCCAGAUUAUUCACUCCCACGACCCAUAUAUCUAAAUGACGUCAUCACUCGUCACUUGACAAAUCUUUGCAUGAAAUGAAGGUAGCUAGCCUCUACUUGUUACGUCUCUAUAUUCCACCAACUUCUCUCUCCAAUCCAUAUUUAUAUAUAUAUAUAUAUACACGCGCGCGCGCGCACACAUACAUAUACACACCAACAUCCAAAUUAUCCACCCUCCAAAAUGUUGAUCACCACCACCUCCACCUGCUUUCUACUCAAGCUCCUCUUAUCCAUCUUCCUCCCUUCUCCGGCCACCUCCCAGACCUGCUUCGACGGGUCCGGCCACCAAGACCAAUGGCUUCUCCUCCACCCCACUGUCGGCAUCUCCGCCAUGCACAUGCAACUCCUACAUGACAACAAGGUCCUCAUCUUCGACCGAACCGACUUCGGCCGCUCCCGCCUCUCCCUCCCCACCGGCUCUCCCUGCCGCAACGAUCCCGCCGACACGGUCCUCCAAUACGACUGCACGGCCCACUCGGCUCUAUACGAUAUCGCUUCAAACACUUUCCGGCCACUCAUGAUCCUCACCGAUACUUGGUGCUCCUCCGGCUCCCUCCUCCCAGACGGAACGCUGCUCCAAACCGGCGGCUACAAUGAUGGCGACCACGUCGUCAGGACGUUUUCCCCAUGCUCCGGCGACCAAUGUGAUUGGGUUGAAUAUCCCGGCUAUCUGCUGGAGCGGCGAUGGUACGCAACAAACCAAAUACUUCCAGAUGGCAGCGUUAUAAUUCUUGGCGGAAGAAGACAGUUUAGCUAUGAAUUCUACCCCAGAAAGCCACGAACUUUCUUCCUUAAUUUCCUCCAAGAAACGAGAGAUUCCGAUGAAAACAACUUGUACCCGUUUCUGCAUCUGUUGCCGGAUGGAAACUUGUUUGUUUUCGCCAAUACAAGAGCUAUAUCUCUGGAUUACAAGCGAAAUCGCGUGGUCAGAGAGUUUGCUAGAAUCCCCGAUGGGUUUCCUCGGAACUACCCCAGCUCCGGCUCGUCAGUGCUGCUUCCUAUCGACGAAAACGGACCCAUAAAAGUUGAGAUCAUGAUAUGCGGCGGCGCGCCGGCAGGGGCGUUCUCAGAGGCGGUGGUGGGGAGGUUCGUGCGUGCGAGCAGCACGUGUGGGCGAUUGAAGGUGACCGACGAGAAUCCCAUCUGGGUGAUGGAAGAAAUGCCCAUGGCACGAGUGAUGAGCGACAUGGUGCUUCUUCCCACGGGUGACGUCCUCAUAAUUAACGGCGCCGGCACCGGGACAGCCGGGUGGGAGAAGGGGCGGGACCCGGUUACCCGACCAGUGAUUUAUCGUCCUGGUCGGGAGGAGAACAGCCGGUUUUCGGUCAUGUGCCCGUCGCCGAAAGCAAGAUUGUACCAUUCCACGGCGGUGCUGUUGCCGGACGGCCGCGUUCUCAUCGGAGGAAGCAACCCUCACGUUUUCUACAACUUCACCGGAGUGGAAUACCCGACGGACCUCAGCUUGGAGGCGUACUUGCCGCCGUACUUGUCUGCCGACUAUCAGCCGCUGCGGUCCGUCGUCGUCAUGAACGGCGACGGUGCGUUGGGAUACAAGCAGCCAUUCUCGUUUUCUUUGAGUUCAAGCAAGUUUGUGAAUCUGGGCGAUCUGUCGGUGAGAAUUGUGGCGCCGUCGUUUACGACGCAUUCGUUUGGGAUGAACCAGAGGAUGGUGGUGCUCCAGAUUAGAUUCGUGAUCGCGGGAAUUGGUAGUUACACCGUGAGUGUGGCCGGACCCUCCACGCCGGAGAUUGCGCCGCCGGGGUAUUAUAUGAUGUUCGUGGUUAACCAAGGCAUACCAGGCACUGCCGUCUGGGUCAAGCUCCAGUAAUAUUAUUUGGUAGAGUAUAUAUUCUGGGUUGAAGUUGGAAAUAAUUAUCGUGUUCGUGUGGAUAUUGACGUGUGUGAAAAUGGACCCAUUCGAC